AUGGAAGGCUUCGACACAAACCCCCAGGCGACAUCGCGGGCCCCACGGCAGAAAAGCAAGAAGACGCCAAGAUUUCUUCCCACCGUUCAAAGAUUUCGAAAUAUUUUCAAAGGCUUCAACGCAAGCUUGAUAUCUUUUUUGUUCCGGAGCGUUCUUUCUUUUCAGUUCUGGGCAGCUAUGGGGGAUAGCUUAGAGGAACGCCUACGAGGCCAUGCCAGCGCGUUUGACGGCUUGCUGUCGCUGAUUCCUGCAAAGUACUACUAUGGAGAAGAUAACAGUGAACAAUGGCAGCGGAAAAAGCAGACCAAGGAGCAGGCGAGAGAUGCAAAGAGGGCUAAACUAGACCCUGAAUCCUCGAAAUCGGCAAAGGAUGUAAUGGACGACAAUGCUAGAAAGAGGAAACGAAGAACUGAUAAUGAUGAGGCACAAGAUGUGGACGACUCGCACUCGGAGGAAGAGCCUCUAGGCUCGGAGAAGCCAAGGGAAGGCCUGAAGCGGGGAGACUCCAAGCUGAAGAAGCAAAAGAAGGUCACUGCUUCAACCGAUAUAGAAGGCCGAGAAGCCAAGGCGGGAGAUGCCAAACAGCAAGCAAAGAGUGAAGCAAAGGCGGCAAAACAAGAGAUGAUGAAGCAGAAACAAGCUGAAAAGCGGGAGAAAAGAAAAGAGAAAAUAGCGGCGCUCAAGGCUGCGAGAAGAGAACAGCAGGCCAGUGUAGAUGCAUCUACUAAGAUAUUAGAAGCAAAGGCCGACGAUGCAGCUGAGAAUUCGUCUUCAGUACAGAAAGCCCCCAAGCACAAGACAACAAAUGUCAAGGAAUCUACAGAAAGUGAUGAUGAAAUGAAGGACAUAGCACUAGAAGGGUUCUCCUCUGAAGCUCUACAAGGCCAGCCAGGCCAUGAAUCUACCACGCCUAAUUCCUCCACCAAUGCAUCAGACCCGUCCAACCCCCCUUCAGGCAGCUCUUCCGUCUCCUCCAUCGUCCCACCUACUGAAUCAUCCAAGCCCAAACCUUCCGCCAACGCCACAGGAAACAAAUCCCCGCAGAUCAAGAAACCCCAAUGUACUCCCGAACAGUUAAAAGAAAGAUUGCAAAAACGCCUUGAUGAACUUCGUGCAGCCCGCCAUGCAGACGGCAUCAAUGGGAAACCAGCUAAGAAUAGACAGGAACUCAUCGAAGGCCGACGACAGCGUGAAGAAGCCCGCCGCGCACAGAAGAAGGAACAGCGACAAAAGGCCAAAGAAGAAGAGCAACGGCUUCGAGAUGAGGCUAUUUCCAAAAGAUUUUCAUCCAAGGGCCCUGGGUCACUCCUCUCCUCACCCGGCUCCCCUGCCGAUUCGAUAACAUCUAUACCAAACAAUUUCUCCUUUGGGCGAGUAGUCUUUGCCGACGGUCAACAGCUCGAUGCCAGCAUGACCGGACUCCGAGACACAGCUAAGAAGCGUGGACCUCAGGACGCAAACACUGCUCUCAAGGCAGCAGAAGCCAAAAAGGCUCGGCUUGCUGGCCUUGAUGAGGAGAAACGGACCGAUAUCGAGGAGAAGGAUAUGUGGCUUAAUGCUAAGAAGAGAGCACAUGGGGAACGCGUCAAGGACGACGUAUCAUUGCUGAAGAAAGCGCUGAGCAGAAAGGAGGGGAUCAAGAAGCGAAGUGAAAAGCAGUGGAAGGAGAGAAUAGAGGGAGUUGCCAAGGGGAAAGAAAUCAGACAGUCCAAGAGAGAUGAGAACAUACGGAAACGAAAGGAGAACAAGGGCGUCAAGGGCGGGAAAAAGGUGACGAAGAGCAAAGGCAAAGGCAGACCUGGAUUUGAAGGGAGCUUCAAGUCGAAGAAGAAGUAG